UUGCCAAAUAAAUUGACCGAAACCCCUCAUUUUUCAGUGUCUGGGUUUGUGAUGGCGCCCCCAACAGGCGCGGAUGACUUUCUCCCUCUGUUCUCCAGCUAAACCUGUUUGCCUGUCAUUAAGACCCGCCAUAUUGUCUCCCUGAAAGAGCUAAGAGAGCUGACAGAAGCAGCAAGACACACGUAUAAUGUCUGGCCCAUUGACCAGCCGAUCCCGGGUUUACCCAGAUGUCAACACACAGAGACCUCGGGAGUACUGGGACUACGAGUCACAUGUUGUGGAGUGGGGGAACCAAGAUGACUACCAGCUUGUUCGUAAAUUGGGGCGUGGCAAAUACAGUGAAGUUUUCGAAGCUAUCAAUAUCACAAACAAUGAGAAAGUAGUUGUUAAAAUACUCAAACCAGUAAAGAAGAAGAAAAUAAAACGGGAAAUAAAGAUCUUAGAGAAUCUGCGAGGUGGCCCAAACAUCAUCACACUUUUAGAUAUUGUCAAGGAUCCAGUGUCUCGAACACCUGCUCUGGUUUUUGAACAUGUUAACAACACAGACUUUAAGCAAUUGUAUCAAACACUAUCAGACUACGACAUCCGAUUCUACAUGUAUGAGAUCUUAAAGGCCUUGGAUUACUGCCACAGUAUGGGAAUCAUGCACAGAGACGUCAAGCCCCACAAUGUCAUGAUUGAUCACGAGCACAGAAAGCUUCGUCUGAUAGACUGGGGUCUGGCUGAAUUUUACCACCCAAGUCAGGAGUAUAAUGUAAGAGUGGCCUCUCGAUACUUUAAAGGACCUGAACUGCUCGUUGACUACCAGAUGUAUGACUACAGUUUAGACAUGUGGAGCUUAGGCUGCAUGCUGGCCAGUAUGAUUUUCAGGAAAGAACCAUUCUUUCAUGGACAUGACAACUACGAUCAGCUUGUACGAAUUGCCAAAGUUCUGGGCACAGAAGACCUAUAUGACUACAUUGACAAAUAUAACAUAGAACUUGAUCCACGGUUCAAUGACAUCUUGGGCAGACAUUCCAGGAAGAGGUGGGAGAGGUUUGUUCACAGCGAGAACCAGCAUCUAGUCAGUACUGAAGCUCUGGACUUUCUAGACAAGCUUCUGCGAUAUGACCAUCAAGCACGCCUCACAGCCCGGGAGGCCAUGGAGCACCCAUACUUCUAUCCUAUAGUAAAAGAUCAGGCAAGGAUGGGCUCAACAUCUGGGCUGUCCACUGGCUCCAAUCCUAUCAGCACCUCCAGCAUGAUGACCGGAGGUAUUACAUCCAUGUCGUCGUCCCAGCCCAUGGCCAACAUAUCUGCGUCUCCUGUCAUGCCCUUGCCCAGCACUCUGGCUACACAAGUCCCUGCUACUGCUGGAGCGCAACCCUGAUGAGGAUUAACUAACUCCUCUCUCUGUUUCCAGCCCUCAUUUUUAUAGCAGAGACAGAAUUGGAUUUGUCUCCUUUUUUCUUUUGUUUGUUUCCAUUCAGUAAUUAUUCAAUGCGAUUCGGACACACACCAGACAGUGUCUGAAAAUGUAGCUGCUGUAUUUUAUGAUGGUGUCUAGAGAAGCAACCACACUGUAGAAAUUUAAAAAAGGAUAAUAAAAUGUAUUUUAUAUGUCCCUAA